AUGUCUUUUGCUAAAUUUGUUACCUUAUUGAUUGCUGCUGCCACUUCUGCUUAUGCCAUCUCACCAGAAGACCAAGUUUCUGAAAUGCAAAUAAUCUUAUCUGAUGUCAACGACAACUUACAAGAUUAUGUUGGUUUAGUUGGUUCUAUGGAUAUUCCACAAGCUUUAUUUGAUUUAUAUGCUAUUAAAGCCACUGCUACUGAUGACUCUUACACCAAGCUAAUGGCUCAAUUAGAUAUGAACCAAAUCUCUGCUAUGUUGACCGUUUUACCAUGGUACUCCUCUAGAUUAGAAGCCAAGGUUGCUCAAUUUGGUGAAGCUGCUGCUACUACCACUUCUUCCAAGGUUGAAACUAUCUCUUCCAAGGUUGGAACUAUCUCUUCCAAGGUUGAAACUGCCUCUUCAAAGGUUGAAACUGCCUCUUCCAAGGUUGAAACUACUAUUACUUCAUCUAUCAUAGCUUCAUCCAGCAAAACUGAAUCUUCUACUGAAGUUGCCAAGACUUCUACUACCACCAUCGCCUCUGAAACCAGCGCUACUCCAUCCGGUGUUGCAACUUCUACUUUAAAAGAACAAGUUGCUGUUGUUUCUCAAAUCGGUGACGGUCAAAUUCAAGCUACCGUUAUCCAACAAACUGAAAACGGUGCCAUCAAAAACGCUGUUGGCUUAGGUGCUGGUUUAGCUGCCGCUGCUGCUCUAUUGUUAUAA